AUGCGUCCAUUUAAAAAAUCACUCCGAUCGCUCUCUCCCUCUCGCACCCUAUCCCAUUCAUUCAUGAUACAAAAUCGCGUUCGUGUGCGUCCAUAUCUCAACAUUGGUGCUAGUCGUGUGUGUUGUGUCUCAAUCACGGUUUCCAGUAUAACACCAAACAUAACAAGGCAGCGAAGGGUGAGAAGUGAGAAGUGAUUGAAACUGUUCUCCGUUGCUCCCACAAGUUUGAACCACUGACUGACUGCCUGUAUGCAACCUACAUCAAUGGAAGAGACAAGUGACUACUGAGCGGCCGACGACGAAGGUCCGCGGCGAGUGCGCAUAUCGCCACACACUCUCUCUCUCUCUAGAAGUGCGAAUGAAUGAGAAAUAAAUCUCGCCAUCUUGAUUUUUUCCACUCACAACAGCCACCACAGUGGUUUCGGAGAAGUCAAUUAAAAUCAGGCUACUAGAUGCGUUAAGUGAUAUUUGCUCGCGCCGCGUACGACGGAACCGAUUUUUUCGGGCCCCAAAAAAGCUCGGGAGUGCUCAGUUUUUGCACAAAACGCGGCCAUCUACGGCUGAACAGUGCGAUUGAGGUGCAGCGAUGUGAUUUCGAGUGUGGAAAGUGGCCAGAAAACACGAUAUCAUCAACAAGUGGGCUAGCGGAAUGUUUACUGAAGGAAAGUGGCUAUUAAAUGGUGGAUUGGAGGUUUUAAUUGGCAGCGUUAAUCGCCCCCAUAAGUGCUCUCGUGCUGUGUUCUAUUCUAUUAUUUCCUCCGUUUGCUUUUUGUGAAUUCGAACAUCCUGUGCUGAAAACAAGAUCGAACUUUUUUUUUCCUCCUGAGGGUAAAUGGCUGCUGUGCGAUGUCAGGUUUGGUCAAGCUGACCAUAUACAAAGGUAGAGGAGGUGUGGUGUGAUAGGAGUUAGUGGAAGAGGAAAAGUGUGCGAGUCGUGUGCCGUGAAUUUGGUUCGGAUAGUUUAUACAGAUCCGUAGGGCGAUCACGGUAUGACGAGUUCUGGCCAUGCCGUGGUGGUUUGGGAGUUUGAAUCUCGUGGAAAUAAAUGGUUGCCUUAUAGUCCGGCUGUGUCGCAACAUUUGGAACGUGCCCAUGGGAAAAAGCUGACGCGUGUCCUGUUGAGUGAUGCCGAUCCGGCUCUCGAGCAGUACUAUGUCAAUGUUCGUACUAUGACGCAAUGCUGUGGGGAUCAGGAGUUUGCCGUAACGAAUGUGCGCCGACACUUCUACAAACCGAUCUCUCCGGCGGGCAAAGGAACCAAGUGGGAGUGGUGUGGUUCGUCGGGAAACGAUUGGCACAGUUACACUAUGGAGGUUCAGUGUGUAAUCGAAGAAGCUUGGGCACGGGGAGAUCAAACCAUCGAUCUAACCAAAACACAUCUCCAUCUGCCGUAUACUAUAAACUUUUUGAAUCUUACCCAAAUCCGACAUCAAAACGGUCCACUGCGGAGCAUCAGACGGAUACAGCAGGCUCCGUAUCCGUUGGUGAAACUGCCAAAUCAGUCGAUGGUUGCGUCAAUUCCAACCUCCGCUAAUGUGCCAAUCCUGCACCCAAAGCCAUCCCAAAUGGCCCCUGUUCCAUCGUCCUCGUCCUCAUCCCCUGGCGCCCAAUUGCAAUCAUAUCCCCUGCAACAAUCAUCCACGCAACUCCAUUCAAAAUCAAAAUCGCAGCCAGUUUUAUGUAGCAAUGUAACCACCAGCCAACAAAAGCGAUCCACGAAGACACUGAAGGUUGGCAAACAGCUGGACAUGGCUUCGGUCACACCAACCAAUCUCGCCCGUCAGAUAUUACACAAUCUAAACAUAUUCGGCACGAAGCAUCAACAGCAGCAGCAGCACCCUCAAGAACCCCAAGAUUAUCCGCUAAGCGGGCAGCAGCCGGAACACAUCCCACCACCGCCGCAGCAGCAGCAGCAGCAUAAUCAACAAUCGCAACAUAAUCAUCAUAAUCAUCAACAGCGCGAGCAGCAGCAGCAGCAGCAGCUGCUGUUCCAACCGAUUGCCCACCAGCAGCAAUCGAUGCGUGGCCAUCUCAGCAAUCGAAGUAUUGCCUUCCAAAGACAGCGCAGCAAGUCCCGGAGCAGGGGCGAAUCGUUGAUUGAAACCGAUUCGUCCAGCAUCAACUCGGGGCGGCGCCCAAGCGUGGACACCGUGUCGACUUAUCUCAGCCACGAGAGUAAGGACAGCAAUGGUCGCCGAAGCAACAACUUCGGAUCGGUUUCCGAUCUGCUGGAUUGCUCGAUGGGGAGUGAUGAUGUGUUUAUAUCCUCCCAGCAGAAUAUUCCCGGUGCGAUUGUGGGUGUGGAUCCCGCGAGCGAUAUGAUAUCGCGAUUCGUGCGCGUGGUCGAUCCACCGCAGUGGCCCCAUGCGCAGCCGUGUCCCAUGUGUAUGGAGGAACUGCGCCACAAUAGUCACAAUCCGACGGUUUCGCUCUCGCGCUGUCAACAUUUGAUGCAUCUCAAUUGCCUGAACGAGCUUAUCCUGGGUCAGCAGAAGGACAGUCAGAAGUCCGUUUACAUCGAGUGCCCAAUCUGUAUGUCGGUGUAUGGUGAGAAAAUCGGUAACCAGCCACCGGGAACCAUGUCGUGGAUAGUGAUUCCAAGAAGUCUUCCAGGCCAUGAAGGUCAAAACACGAUUCAGAUCACCUAUAAUAUCGCCUCCGGUAUCCAGAACCAGCAACAUCCCCACCCGGGGCGGGCUUUCUUCGCCGUUGGUUUCCCCCGAACGUGUUUCCUACCGGACGGGAUUUUGGGGCGUAAGAUACUACGCUACCUCAAGAUAGCCUUCGAUCGGCGGCUGCUCUUCUCGAUCGGUCGAUCGGCCACUACCGGCCGGGAGGACGUCGUACUGUGGAACAGUGUGGAACACAAGACGCAGUACUCGAUGUUCCCCGAUCCACAAUACAUGCAACGAUGCAUGCAGCAGUUGGUCCACCUUGGGGUGACCGAUUGAGGCGGAUUUGCAGGAUGCUAUAUUUUUUUAGAACUAACGACGAUCGUACUGAAGUAACAAGACUGCGUGUGUGCGUGCGUGUGUGUGUGUGGAAAAGCACACACUGCGUACGAUUUCCUACGUCUUCCGUAAGUAACAGGAUUCUUCCCCCUUUUGAUAACGACAGUAUUUUGAGGCAGUAUGAAGCACUUGGCUUUUGAUUCUCAAAUUAAUUUUUGUUGGUGAAGCGUAUAUAUUCAACCGAAUUCGCAUUUAAUUUCUCUAGAUUCGGGAAAAUGUGCCUCAUAUUGAGUAUCUCUAUAAACGAUAUGUGAGCUGGUCUGGUAAGCAAGAAUAAACAAUGUGCCAAUACAAGAUGUAUCCCACAAAUAAGCUAAUUUUGUUCCCCUAGCAGCAUUCACAAACGGCAUUGUUACAUCGAAAUCUCUAAGAGGUUAUGAAUUAUUGUGUUUCUAGAUAUAUAUAAUCAUACGUAGAAAACAUCAUUAGAAGUUUAUUUAGCUGGUAAUCCUAUCCGAUUCUUGUAUAGAGUACUAUUUAGCUGCAUUCAUAAAUAAUCGACAUUCGUAUAGCGAAAUGAUAUAAUCUAAGAAUCUUAGCUUCCAGCGGAGACGUUCCUUCAGGGCCCUAAUCGGUUGCAUGGAAUCAAAAUUUUAUAUGGUUUUAUUUAGGAGAAAAUAUCGAAAGUUUAUUUUUUGUUUUGGCCGUGUUUUAAAUAAAUGACCGAUCCGGUUUCUA